GUGCUAAAGAAACACAUAACCUGUUAUAGUGGCAGAUGUCAAACAGCGAGAGGCUUUCCCGCUGACGAACAGCUGUAGCUCCGCCCACUGGGAGGCUGUGGAAGUUGAGGAUAUCUGAGCUGUAAAACAAAGUUGCGGAGCGGAUGAGCCUUGUUUACUGCGGGAGUUCGGGCUGUGUCGGGGUCUCUGAGGGUCUUCAGCUGUGAGUUCUGCAGGAUUUGGAGAUGGACGUGCUGAAAUCAGCCGGCAGAGCUCUGCGCAGUCCCAGUUUCAGCAAACACCACAAGCUUCCAGAGAACUGGACUGACACCAAGGAGACCCUUGUGGAGGGCAUGACUUUUAACCUGCGGUAUUUGGGGGUGACUGUGGUGGAUCAGCCCAAAGGCGAAGAUCUGUCGGCUGCUGCUGUGAAGAGGAUAGUUGCGACGGCUAAAGCCGGUGGAAGGAAGCUCCCCAAGGUGGCUCUGAAGGUCACACCUCAGGGAAUCGUUCUUUAUGACAGUGUGUCCAAUCAGCUGAUCGAGAGUGUCUCUAUAUACAGAAUCUCAUAUUGCACAGCAGAUAAAAUGCACGACAAGGUAUUUGCUUACAUUGCCCAGAACCAACAGAAUGAAACACUGGAGUGUCAUGCCUUCCUCUGUGCCAAGAGGAAAGUGGCUCAGGCCGUGACACUGACCGUAGCUCAAGCCUUCAGAGUGGCCUUCGAGUUCUGGCAGAACACCAAAGAAGACCAGCCAGUAAAGUCAGGUCCAGCUGCAGAGAUUAGUAAUGGCACAUGUUCAGAACCUGACGCAUCAGACAGCGCGGUCAGCCUGAAAGGAACAGACGCAGCAACAGGAAACCUGUUGGAUAUUGAAGACAGCCCCGUGGUUGUUUUGGAAAAUACUGACAAUCAGGAAGCCCAUGUGGACAAUCGCAGUGAAUCUGAGAACAACAACACUAUCUGGGAGUUAGAUGAUGGACUGGAUGAAGCUUUUUCAAGACUUGCCGAGUCCCGUACUAACCCCCAAGUCCUGGACAUUGGGCUGACCCCUCUGGGCUGUAAUUCGGACCCAGAAAACGACAAAGCCAAUGGAAACAGCACUGACAACCUCUUUUGCCUUUGAGAGCGGAUGGUAAGACUACCGAAGAGCUGUUGGAGAUGGUAGAAGAAAACUGGCCACAAUAAACUGGACUCUCCAUUUCAGUCAUCAAGUAUGAGGCAGGAACUCAAAUACCAAAGCAAUAUGGCCUGUUUUUCAGAACUUGGUCAAAAAAUUGAGUCACACUACAUGUCCAAAAACCUGUAGUCUGCUAAUACAGUGUUUCUUCUUAAACCAAGAACAUUAAAGGAGAGCUCCAGCGUGAAAUGGACUUUGGGUGUAUGAAAAUGUGAUAAAAAGUACUUAUCUAUGUUAAAUAGCUCACCUCUGUUCAUCCGUAUUUCGUGCACUUUGCCCAAACAGGUUUUUAGAAUGCGUAAGACGGGACAUUGUGACUUAAAUUUAAGUGGGGGCCCCCAGAGAUUUACCUACACUAUGGGAUUGUGCAGUUUUAAAGUUCUAAAUGCCUCGUUUUAAAUGUCAGGUCUCUCUGGAUUCUACCAAUGAGGUGUGGAGCUGCUUUGAGCCUGAAUAACGGUGAAAAAAGUGAUUUAUCUCACUCAUUCUAAAAGCCUGUUUUGGCAAAGUGCACAAAAUACUAGACAUAAAAAAAACUGCGGGAGAGCGGAGAUGGGCUAUUCAACAAAGCUUUUAUCAUCUUUUAUCAUGUUUUAAUACACAGUCCAUUUUACACCGGAGUUCUCCUUUUAAAGAAGAUUCUGACUCAUUUUUCUAAAAGAAACAUGUACACUAGAUGUGGAAACAUUCCUUAAUUUUCUUGAUUUUUAGAAAUUUAUCCCAAAGAUAUUUACUUUACAGCACCACAGCAUACUGCAGCAUUCUGGUAGUAAUGUGUUCUAUAUCACAGAUGCUGUGUGUGCAAAUGCAGCUCUGGAUGAAAUAUAUAAAUACAGAGGUUGACCUCUACAGAGAACCACAGCACAAUACAGAUAGGCUUUAUGUCACUUUAACUUAUGGCUGGUAUUGGACAUGGUAACUUUGGGCGUAUGUGUCCCUGUUCAGGCUGGUCCCAUUCUAUUGGCAGUUGUUUAAUAGCUGUUGUAACACAUGAUCACUAAUUAUGAGGGUUGUCUGGAUACUUUUGGACAUGUAGUGCAGCCCAUCUAGUCUUAUUGUCACUAUUUGUUAUGUAUAGCUUAUAGAAUCAGUAUUACUUCCAUGUAGCAGUAUUUCCUUUCUAAAGCUGAGAGCUAUACUACUGUUUAAACAUUAUGAAAACACUUGCCAAUGAUAUCAAUGACAUAAUCUAUGAAUAAAUAAUGUAAAAUACUGUAUAAUUAUAUAUUUACAUGACAUUUUGUCAGUUUUUCUGCCUUGAGAUUUGAUCUCCACUUUUGAAUUAUGAAUCUUCCACAUAUCGUUUUAUUUCAUAUGUGUACAGCAUGUAAGAUUGACCCCAUUUAUACCUGGUCACUAUGUGAUUAGUAUCUGGAAUGAAUCCUGAUGAGAUUUUAAGCACGUGCAUUUACACAUUUAAAAUUUCAAUUACUGUGUGGAACAGAAUAUGCUAAUUUGAUCCUUGCCCAUCAGUUAUUACAGGUGUUUUUUUGGUUUGUGCUGAGAAGGUUUUUGGUUGUUGCAUGUGUUCACACUUGGCCAAAUCCGGAUAUAAUCCUGAUACUGAUACUGUAAAGUUACUUACUUACAGUUAGCACUCUGGCUUUCACUUUAACCCAUUAACUCCCUAAGUGACAUUCACUGAACAUGCUGAGACAGUGGGAGAUUCUGAGUUUGUUCAUCUUAGCUUAUUUACACGAUGUAGGAGUGCUGGGUUAGUCCAUAAAAUAAAAGUAGCUCAUUUUAAAAGUGUACUUUUUGCUUUAUCAAAUCUGUUCCAACCCAUUUAACAGUUAAGGGCAUUUUCACACCAGCACUAUUUGAACCGGUUAAAACAAACAGCUGGUUUGUUUGUACCCUUAGUGUGGUUCAACUGAGCAAGUGUGAAAACAGUAAUCGCACUCGGGUGCUGAUCAAAACAACCAGAGCGAGACCAGCUAGUUGAGGUGGUUCGCCCCAGCUAUCAAAUAUAGUCCUUUUAAUUGAGCUAAACUGCUGAUAAGGUGCAGUUUAAUCUAAUAUGUUAGCCAGAUAUCGCUAAUUACUACAGCUUUGAACAAACACUGUCUCUGCUCCAUGCUGUUUACACAUGUGGUGUGUGCUGCAUUCACUAGUCACAGUCGUGCACUACGUGUACAUCUGUGCUGCGUGUUAUAUUAAAAAACGCUCUGUGUUAAAGCAGCUUCACACUGCACAGAUAUGCAUGCUGUAACACAGAAUCUUCUCGCUAUAUUUACUUUCUUGCUCCUGCGCCAAACAGCUCUGGCCAAUCAGAGGAGACCGCAUGCUCACAUGGUUUAUUGGUGCGCAUUUUAGUGAGUUUAGAUUUAUACCUGGGUGAAACCAAACCAAACAGAGGGAGAAAAACUCAGUAACUGAUCCGGACCAUAGAAAACAACUACAGGUGUGAAAACGCCCUAGUAGUUUCUAAAACAAAUUGGUAAAAUAAAAGUUAUGAAAUUGUUGUGACAUUUAUGUUACUUUAGGAUUUAAGCCUUAAAAUAUUUACAGUCAUGUUCCACAUUAAGAAACUGAUUUGAAUGACCUGCUCACUGAAUUCAUUUGAUUCAGUUUUAAUUUGGCAUAAAAAAUUCAGAAAUUCAGGUUUGGAAUUACUCAUAAGUGACCAGGUGUAAACAGGGUAAAUGCUUCCAAUACUUUAAACAAUAAUGUAUUGAUUUUUUUUGCCAUUAUAUCAGACUCUAUAAUGAAAUGUAUGAAUUUAUUGCACAAUUCCAGGCAUUUCAUUUGUUUUAGACCAUGUUACACAUGGUUCCAUUUAAUUCCAACACGUUUGUUUUAUUUUUUUUUGUUUUUGUUGCUUUUGUUGUUGUUUUUUUCUAUUGUAAUGUUUCUGUUUUUUUGUAGAUACUGGUUUAGCUUGAUUUUGGACAGUGCUGAUAGGUCAACAUGAAACAUAUCAAAAUGUCUCAGUAUAUACCAAAAUAUAAAUGCUAAUAUCUUUUCAGUAUACUAUUUGUUUGUAUGAGUAGACCUUUCCACCUGAGUUAGCAUUAAAAUCACCUUUUUUUCAUGUGAAUAAUGUUUUAAUGUUUCCUUCUGAUCAUUAUAAUUCAGAGUCACUUUAAUGAGGUGGUGUGAUAUUUGUAUAUAAGCUUAAUAAAUAAAGAGAUUAUACAGA